AUGGGUCUGUCGAUCUCAUACCCACCGGAUGACUACUUGCCAGCAGAUGAUGACAACUCGGACAGGCCAUUUGUCCGGUCCUUAAGCUUUGACAACCUCAGCAGCCUUGAGACCCCUGAUUCGCCACCAGAAAUGUUCGAUGCGGUGAGCUCUAGGGGUCCUGCAAGAGAAGGGUCCUUAAAUGCCAGGAGAAAAGAGGGUCCUCCAUUACAUGUUAAUACUACGAAACCCAGGCUGAGUCCUAAACCUGACAAGGAAUGUUGUAACCAUAAGCACCUUUCGAAAUAUGGGGCAGAUCACCUGCCACCAAAUUCUCCGGUGGUAGGGAUGGUCAGUCCGCAGCACCAGGCUGCAGCAAUAAGGGUGCAGAAGGUAUACAAGAGCUUCAGAACAAGACGACAGCUUGCUGACUGCGCUGUUCUUGUCGAACAACGGUGGUGGAAGCUUCUCGAUUUCGCACUGCUCAAGCAAAGUUCGGUGUCAUUCUUCGAGGUAGAGAAGCCAGAGACUGCCCUAACAAGAUGGUCACGGGCCAGAAUAAAGGCUGCCAAGGUAGGCAAAGGUUUGUCCAAGGAUGAAAAGGCCCAGAAGCUCGCACUUCAGCAUUGGCUAGAAGCAAUUGACCCCCGGCAUCGAUACGGUCACAACCUCCACUACUAUUAUAAAAGCUGGCUUCACUGCGACAGUCAACAACCUUUCUUCUACUGGUUGGAUGUAGGUGAAGGAAAAGAGAUUAAUCUUGAGGACCAAUGCCCAAGAUGGAAGCUGCUGCACCAAUGCAUCAGGUAUCUUGGCCCUAAAGAGAGGGAGUUCUAUGAGGUAAUGAUCGAGAAUAAGAUGAUGAUGUACAAGCUGAGCCGCAAGAUUGUCAACACGUCCGAGGGGCCCAAGGAUGCAAAAUGGAUCUUUGUGUUGAGCACGACGAAAAUUCUGUACAUAGGCACAAAGAGCAAGGGAACAUUUCAGCACUCCAGCUUCCUUGCCGGUGGAGCCACAUCUGCUGCCGGGAGAUUAGUCGUUGCGAACGGAAUCCUAAAGGCUGUGUGGCCUCAUAGCGGGCACUACCGGCCCACAGAGGCGAACUUCCGGGAGUUCAUGAAGUAUCUCAGGAAGGGGAACGUCGAUCUCACCGAUGUGAAGCUGAGCCCAACAGAAGGCGAGGAGGACGAAUGGCUGAGGAGCAGCCUCUCCCAGAUGGAUCUAACAACGGAGGUCAGCACGCCGGGGAAGCAAGGAGACACCAGGGCCCAACCCCCUCGCGGUGACAAAAAGAAGAUCAAACCGGCCGUGCCGGCGGCGCCACCUUCCACCAGCGGCGAGGCAGUCGCCGGCUCGCCGGGGAUGAAGCGGUCCUCGUCGGGCACCCGGCUGCAGCGCAAGCGGCCGCCGAGGCUGACGGUGAGCAAGAACCGUCUGGGCAAGGACGCGGCGGAGCCGGACGCCGGCUCGUUCGGCGACCGGCUGGACUUCUGCAAGGCGAACCUGUUCACGGGGCGCGGCGCGGAGGGCGGGGAGGGGGCCGAGGUGCCGGCGGUGCCGCAGGAGAUGAUCAUGCACCGGAUCAACUCCAAGAUGGCGCACAAGUCGUACCAGCUCGGGCAGCAGCUGUCGCUCCGGUGGACGACCGGCGCCGGCCCGCGGAUCGGGUGCGUGCGCGACUACCCGCCGGAGCUGCAGUUCCGAUCGCUGGAGCAGGUUAGCCUGUCCCCGCGCGCCGGCGCCGGCCCGCCCAGGCUCGGGGCGACCCCGCGGCAGAGGAGCCCGUGCACGCCGUCGCCCCUCGGCGCGCCCGUGACUCCCGCGGGGCCGCUGCUCCAGCACGGCGCGGCGUAG